CGGGGAUGGUUAUCCUCGGCUGAAGACCUACCCGCUUGUAUCGCCGCACGACACGAUAAGUCGGCAGUCCGGAUGUUACUCUUUUCUUCUUCUUCAUUUUUCCCACCCGUCGUUGAUACACGUCCGAAUAACUCUAGAUCUUGUUCUUCGUGUAUUGUCAUAGACUUGCUACAUCUCUUUAGGCCAACCUUUCCAACCCCAGUCCAGCUCAACUCGCCAGUUGCGUCAUGUCGUCGCUUUCGCGGAUCAUUCGCCCCGCGUUGCGGAGGAGUCGAGGUGUGGCGGCGAUGGCGCCCACCAGGAACUGUGUACCAGCGAGGACGAAGAUGCCCUCAAUUCAGAGCACCGCGAGGACCCUCUCCACGACGCCACGCCGCCUUAACGACGAAUACACCGACAUCACCGACAUUCCCCCGACCCCCAUUACCCACUUCUCAGAGCUGGAAUCCGCCAUGGCGGAAACGGUCAACAAGUUUGCCAACGACGUAAUCGGCCCUAAAGUGCGCGAGAUGGACGAGGCCGAGAAGAUGGACCCCGCCGUGGUUGAGCAACUCUUCGAGCAGGGCCUGAUGGGCAUUGAGAUUCCGGAGGAGUACGGUGGCGCCGGCGCCAACUUCACAUCGGCCAUCAUCGCCAUCGAAGAGCUUGCGCGUGUCGACCCCAGCGUCAGCGUUAUGGUUGACGUGCACAACACUCUCGUAAACACGGCCAUCAUGAAGCACGCUUCCCCCAGCCUCAAGAAGAGGUUCCUGCCCAAGCUCGCCACCGACACGGUGGGCAGCUUUUGCCUUAGCGAGCCCGUGAGCGGAUCCGAUGCGUUCGCCAUGGCGACCAAGGCGACCGAGACGGCGGACGGGUUCACCAUCUCGGGGUCCAAGAUGUGGAUCACCAACUCGAUUGAGGCCGACUUCUUCAUCGUGUUUGCCAACCUGGACCCCAGCAAGGGAUACAAGGGGAUCACGGCGUUCGUUGUCGAAAAGGGCACCGAGGGUUUCUCCAUCGCCAAGAAGGAGAAGAAGCUCGGCAUCCGGGCCAGCAGCACGUGCGUCAUCAACUUUGACGACGUCAAGAUCCCCAAGGAGAACCUCGUCGGCGAGAGGGGCCAGGGCUACAAGUACGCCAUCAGCCUGCUCAACGAGGGCCGCAUCGGUAUUGCGGCGCAGAUGACUGGGCUCGCGCUCGGCUCGUGGGAGAACGCCGUCAAGUACGUGUGGAACGACCGCAAACAGUUCGGCAAGCUGGUGGGCGAGUUCCAGGGCAUGCAACACCAGAUUGCGCAGUCGUAUACGGAGAUUGCGGCGGCACGCGCGCUCGUGUACAACGCCGCGCGCAAGAAGGAGGCUGGCGAGGACUUCGUCGUGGAUGCGGCGAUGGCCAAGCUCUACGCUUCGCAGGUGGCGGGCCGUGUGAGCGGCCUGGCCAUUGAAUGGAUGGGCGGCAUGGGUUUCGUGAGGGACGGCCCGGCAGAGAAGUUCUGGCGGGACAGCAAGAUCGGGGCCAUCUACGAGGGCACGAGCAACAUUCAGCUCAACACCAUCGCGAAACUGUUGCAGAAGGAGUACACUACGUGAGGGGUUCGCUCUAGACGAGGUGCGGAUGCGGCAAUACCCCCGCCCUACGCUGGCACAGGGGAACUGGAUCGGGAUUUGAAGAGGGGGCUCGGUUUGCAGCGUGCCAUGCUGUACUUUAUGAUGUGUUUUUUUUGAAGUUGUUUGCAUGGUAAAGGUUGGAAACUCCGCCUCGUUAAAGUAACGGUCUAUGAACGAUAAAUAGAAGUUUGGCUACUACCUGGAAGUUUACGGCACAUUCGUCCUCUGCCCAGAAUAGGG